CUCAGCAACCCCAGUCCUCCCAUUCACAACUUUACACACAAUGGUCUACCAAAUCGAUCUCUCUGGCGGAACAGUCGUCGUCACCGGUGGUAACCGUGGUAUCGGUCUCGCCAUCUCCGAGGCCGUUGCCAGCGCUGGUGCCAACGUAGCCAUCCUCUUCCACUCGCACCCCAAGGCUCACGAGGCCGCCGAGGGCGUUGCCAAGAAGCACGGUGUCAAGGUCAAGGCCUACCAGUGUGAUGUCAGCGACGCCAAGAAGGUCAAGGACACCAUCGAGCACAUCGAGAAGGACCUCGGCACCCCCAUCACUGGUCUCGCCGCCAACGCCGGUGUUUCCGUUGUGAAGCCCGCUACUGAGCUCACCCCCGAGGACUUCCACAAGGUCUUUGACGCCAAUGUUCUGGGAGCCUUCAACUCAUGCCAGGCCGUCGCACAGUACUGGAUCCAGAGGAAGUCCAAGGGAAGCAUCGUCAUCACCUCGUCCAUGAGCUCUUCGCUCUACAACCAAAAGGGACUCAACGAGCCCCUCACACAGAUCUUCUACAAUGCCUCCAAGGGAGCCGUUUCCAACAUGGUCAAGGGUCUCGCUGCCGAGUGGGCACCCCACAGCAUCCGUGUCAAUGCUCUGGAGCCAGGAUUCUGCAACACUGAGCAGACCAGCGGUAUGGACCCCAAGAUCCGCGAGUGGCAGGCAUCUUCGGUACCCAUGGGCCGAUUCUCUGAGCCUCACGAGCAGGGUGAGCCCGCCGUGCUGCUCCUCUCGGACAAGUCUAGCUACAUGACCGGUACCAUCCUCCGACCCGACGGUGGAUUCUCCGUCUACUAAGCGGAUGGCAGGAAACGAUAGGGAAGCGAUGGGGACGUUGUGAGAUGUACUUGUGUAUCACAGAGAAAAGAAAAUGGCAAAAUUUGCAGACGUAAGCAAUGAGAGACUGGCUCGGCCUUCAUAGCCACCCUUGCAGCAUUGUGUCUACCAUCCGUGGAUCCCAUCGUGAGCAUG